CAACACGUCAUCGUCAUCUGUCAUAUGUGAGGUGUGUUCGUGUGUGUGCGAGUGAGUGUGUUGGGACACACAGGACUGCCCAAUAAGUGCCGAGUGGAAAAACCAAAGGAAAAAUAGUGCUUUAAGAAAGGAAAACAAAGGGGAAAAUUUUGCCACUCUGAAGGAAAGUCCAACAGAUCAGAUCGUUUGUGUGUGCAUAUGAGAAAACGGCAACGUCAACUCCAGGGGACAAGCUGCAAUCUGAAAUGAGAUGCAAACCCGAAGACGCCUUCAUCAAACGGACCAGCAGGAUUACAGCAGCAGCAGUACCUAUACCAUUCAAGAGGAUCAGCAGGGAGGAGCAGGAGCAGGCGCAGGAUUUGGCGGAACGGGAGCAGUUGGCGGAUCGGUAGGACUAACAGCACAGUCCCUGAUUCAAUCACCGACUGCCCACGAGGCGGCCAUCCACAUUGGGGAAACCAACCAGUUGGGGGAAUCUCUUGCAGCCGACUACUCCGACGACAAGUACGGAAAGGCGGCCCGCCAGUGGAACUUGCGCGCCUUCUCGGGUCAAGCUUUGCGCACUUUAAGUGCCGCCGCCGCAGUGGUCACCGGCAAUCAACCGGGCAUUAACAAUAACAAUAGCCAAAGCAACUACAGCUACCCCGCUUCCAGUGCGAGCAGUUCGCAGUUGUACCAACCGAAGGAAGAGCACCUAGAGCCAGAACCCGAGCCGGAAAUCUUCGUCAUGGCGGGUCGCGAUCGUACCGGUGAGUUCGCCAAUGCGAUUCGAUCGCUGCAGGCACGCAACAUCACCCGAGCAGUCAAUAUCCGAGAUCCCCGCAAGGCCAAGCAGGUGCAAAGCUACUCGGAGUUUAUGAUGGUGGCAAGGUUCAUCGGAAAGAACAUUGCAAGCACCUACGCCAAGCUGGAGAAGCUUACAAUGUUGGCCAAAAAGAAGAGCCUCUUUGAUGACAGACCGCAGGAGAUCCAGGAACUGACAUACAUCAUCAAAGGCGACCUGAAUGCGUUGAAUCAACAGAUUGCCCGACUGCAGGACAUCUCCAAGGACCAGCGACGUCACACGAACGGCAAACACCUGGUAUCACAUUCCUCAAAUAUGGUACUGGCCCUGCAAUCGAAGCUGGCCAGCAUGAGCACGGAUUUUAAGCAGAUUCUGGAGGUGCGCACAGAGAACCUCAAGCAGCAGAAGACGCGACGGGAUCAGUUUAGCCAGGGACCAGGUCCUUUGGCUGCUCACACCGUCUCUCCAUCGACAGCCAAGCAGGGAUCGCUGCUUCUCAGCGAGGAGAACCAAGCAGUGAGCAUAGACAUGGGCAGCAGCGACACCACGCCGCUCUUGUCAACCCAAACACAGAUGGCUAUCUACGAUGAUUCGGAUAACUACGUCCAGCAGCGGGCGGAAACCAUGCAAAAUAUAGAAUCUACCAUCGUUGAACUGGGCGGCAUUUUCCAGCAGCUGGCGCAUAUGGUCAAGGAGCAGGAGGAGAUCGUGGAGCGUAUUGACACGAAUGUGGCGGAUGCGGAACUAAAUAUCGAGGCGGCCCACGGCGAGAUCCUCAAAUAUUUCCAGUCUGUUUCCAAGAACCGUUGGCUGAUGAUCAAGAUAUUCGGCGUUCUCAUAUUCUUCUUCCUGUUCUUCGUUGUUUUUAUGUCGUAAUCAAACGCCAAUUGCCCUUUAUAGCCCCAUGUACCUAUUCAUGAAUACAGCAUUUUAAUUUAACCAAGAUUCAAUCACAAUAUUGUUUAUUCCAAGCUGUGGCUCCCCGGAACGAUUGUAAAAUAAAGUUAUAAAUACGUACAAA